AAGAAGAAGUACUUCCGGGAUAAACAAAGCUCCUUCGGUAAGCGUCCUUGUUGGGCUGCUGUGUCCUCCUCAGCGACCAGAUUCAGACCGCUUCGGUCCGAUGGCGGCUUCUGCUCACGUGUCCAGGAUCCGCUGCCUGUACAAGAGGCUCCUGGUGCUGCACCGCUUCCUGCCGAUCCACCUGCGGGCCCUGGGGGACCAGUACGUCAAGGAGGAGUUCAGGAGGCACAAGAGCGCAGCUCCGGAGGAGGUGGAGAGCUUCCUGACGGAGUGGGAGAACUACAAGGCGACUCUGCAGAGCCAGGUGCUGGAGGCGGCUGGGAGGCAGAGCGCUGGCGUUAAGUUUGGGGCCGACCUGCCUGAAGAGAAGCUCAGCCAGUUCCAGAACGAACAGAUCGGCCAGCUGUACGAGCUCAUGCUGGAGUCCACCAAACCCAACAAACAGUUUGACAUCAGCGAGGACAGCAGGUGAAGGAGAGGACGCCGCGGGACGGACAGGACGUGCUGCCUUUGGGUGCCUGGUAUGAAGGCACAGCCUUUUAAGGGCUGUUGAUUGUACUGAUGCGCCAUAUAAGGGUUUCCUCUCUGCCCCGCCCACUUCAUGUGUCAAUAAAAAGGUUCCUCAUGCUGCUUCA